AUGGCGAGCCCUACGCAUGGAUCACCAGUACGAGUUGGCAGGGUCCAGGCAAUUGAAAAGCAUGCUAGGCAUUGGACCGAUGCAGAUAUGCUCGUCUUUGAUUCCUACACUUGGUGGACAAGGCCGAAAUUGAAAAUUCUGUGGGGAUCAUUUGAAAGCCCUGAUACUGGGAUCUACAAAGACUUAGACAAACAUGUUCGUUCUGAUUGCCAUAUCAGUGUGUUGGGCAUCACAGCGGUGAAGAUUGGGGCAUGGAAAAGGGUCAGAGUUGCUACAACGAAACAAAUCCAAUCUCAAAAGAAGGAUAUUGGGGUAGAGGAUCAGAUGCAAGAAUGA